AUGUCCAUCAGGUGCGAUCCAACGUUCCAGUGCUUGAGCUUGACUUUGAGCGACACCGGGCGCAUCACCGAGGAGUCCCAGCUCUGCGGCGGUGAUUCGUCCUGGUCGGGCAGCACGUCCAGCUUCUCUUUCCACUGGACCACGAUCUUGCGCUGUUCCUCCUCGAUGACGAACUUGAGCUGGCCCAGCUGGUUGCCCGUGAUGGUGACCAGGUCGGACGUCCUAUAUCUGUCCAGACGACGCAGAAGCGGCGCGAUCCGCAUCGGCAGCUUCAUGGCCAAUUUCAUGGUAUCCAUCGCGGGCUCCACGAUUCGCAGGUCGCUGUCCAUUUUCAGCAGCCGCACCGGCACGUUGAACGAGUGGCUAACGUUCGAGCUCAUCGAGAUCUGUUCCGUGUAA